CUCAUCUUUUCAAUCACUAGGGUAUGAUUGGCGUCUUUUUUCAACUCUGUAAAGGAGUCUGUGCAAGAGUCGCUACAGCACGUGAUCGCGUUAGCGCGGGCGCGACACGGCGGGACGCGUGCAUAUUGUGGUGUCUCACCUGCACGAGCUUUUUCUUACCCUUACCAACGAUCCCCUCUCAAUUGGGCACCAAUCUUUUGGGUUUUGGUUCUCUCUUACACGACUACACUUUGUUGUCCAUGUGCGACUGCCAAACGCACCUUUCGAACGCGUCUUGUGGAUUCAUGGGAUGUCGUCGAUCCCCCAAUUGUCCGCCAAAGCGAAGAAACGACCGCGAAGGGCAUCGUCUUUGAGCUACGAUGGCGACACGAUACAUGUCGCCAGCGCUCAACCAAAAGCGGAGUCUAGCUUUGCCGUGCAAUCACCUCGGACACCCUUGAAGGAGACAGCGGGAGGAGCCAAAACUACCAAAAGAAGUCGAAUCGUGACACACGUCGGGAUUAAGCGCCAGUCACAAUCCCCGUCCCAGCCAUUCCAAUCUCGACUAGCGUCCGCUCAUUCAUCGUCCACUCGUCAACUGCACGUACCGUCAUGGCGGCGGCUGGGUAUCGAGCUCAAGCCCGAGAGACGACUUCACAACGAUUAUGCGUCCCUCUUAAGAGAGCCUCCCCUCAGAAGCAUUCAUAAUGCGGCGGAUAGCGGUUAUGCGUUGCCUGCGGUGGCUACGGAUGGUCGACAGGACGGCGACAUCGACUUAAGCCCGGUGCGCGUUGGUGUGCAAAGUACCCAUUUAGCCAGUCUUUCAGCUGGAAGUGAGGGGCAUGAGGUCCUCGAAGAUACGGAGCUGGUCAUUAGCGAAUUGGAAUCCAGUCCAAAGCACAGUCAGUCUACCAGACUGCGACGCCGCGCUGCUAGGGUAUCAUACGUGGAAGCCCCAAUUAAUGACGCUUCAGAUAGUGAAGAUAUCGAGGACAAGGCAACCGCAUCGGACAGCUACACUUCCCCAGCAUCGGACAACGAGAGCGAAUCCAUGGAUGCCGCAGAAUCUUCUGAGGCCACAACUCUGACAGAUGAAGAGGCAGUAGAUAAUGCCUUCACCAGACCGAGGAAGCGGAAGAGUACGACAUCAAGGAAGGCUUGCGGCAAACCGAAACCAGGCAAGGGCGUCGAUCUAAGUCUUCCACCUUUGGACAAUGUUGAAGACAUCUUUGGGGACAUGGCCUCACAAGCUCUCCACCUCGGCCUAGGCGAAGCGUUGGAAAACGUCAGACGUCCGCUGAACGUAGCCACUAUGCUCUCUGGGACGGAGUCGCCUCUCAUUGCCCUAGAUUUGCUCUCGAAAGCUCUCGAGAAGAAAGGGAGGCCUUCAAUACGCGUGAAUCACCAUUUCAGCGCCGAGAUCGAUGUUGUUAAGCAAGGCUAUAUCGAGCGCAACUUUCGCCCGAAGAAGCUCUUCCGAGACGUCCGCGAAUUCAUCCCGGACGAUGCCAAAACCGCAAUGACGGCAUAUGGAGCAGAAGAAUCAAUCCCAGGUGAGCUUGACAUUCUGAUUGCCGGUUUCGUCUGCAAGGAUCUGUCUCGACUCAACAACCAUCAGAAGGGCCUAGAUGAUGAAGGGCAGUCAGGUGACACUUGGAGGGCCAUCUACUCCUACAGCAAGCGGUUCAGGCCAAGUGUCGUAUUGAUCGAGAAUGUCCAGAACACCAUCAAAUUCUGGGACAGCUUCGAAAGCAAGUGGGCCGCCAUCGGAUACGAAUACGCCUGGAUGACCUGCGAUACUAAGAAUUACUACAUCCCGCAGACACGGAACCGGAUGUACAUGGUCGCAAUCGAACGGUUCCUUUUCGGAGAAAACGUCGAUGGAGCCGUCGCGCAAUGGAAGCACACGAUGCGGAAGCUGCAGCGUCAGUGCAGUAGCCCUUUCGAUGCCUUUAUAGCCAACGAUAAUUCGGAUCAGUACGAGUACAGCAGUCUUGCUUCUGAGCCUCACUGGGCUCGGUGCAAGUUACGAUAUGAUCAGAUCCGGUCAGAGCAACGGUUGGGCACUCGGCGGCCAGUAACGCGGUGGAGCGAGAAUGGGACUGUACGGCCCCCUGAUUUCGCUAAUCGUAAAUUUUAUCUUUCCCAAUCGUCAAGAGUGUACGAUUGCAUAGACGUCGCGCAUCUUCAAGGUGUUCAGAAAGGGUUUGAUUCCCUGCACAAGAUGGCCAUUUGGGACGUAUCGCAGAACGUCGACCGUUUCAUGGCUAACAAGGCUAACUUCGGGAUUGUUUCCUGCAUUACCCCCAAAGGAUGCAACUUUGUCAGUAAUAAGCAGACAGCCCUGACAGGUAGUCAGCUUCUAUUACUCCAAGGCAUGCCUUACGAUAAGCUUCUCUUCGCGAACGAGACACAGAAAGAUCGCCAGGACCUUGCUGGAAAUGCCAUGACUACGACUGUUAUCGGCGCAUCAAUAGUGUCUGCUCUGAUUUCGGGCAGCAAAGCUUUUCGGAGAGUCACUCCGCCCGAAAGUCCAGACUCUAACACUGUCGAUAGACGGAAGGUCGCGCUCAUAGAGGCAAAGGGGAUGCAGAAGCAGGUUCAACCACCCCCAGAUGUUCCGUCAAUAGAUAUUGGUGAACUGAUCGAGGACGCAAAACUCAGUUCGCGGCUUUGCAACUGUGAAGGGACGAGACAACUUUCGAAAGCGGUCGUGCGCAUCUGUAGCCAAUGCGGGCAUACAGCUUGUUCAGACUGUGCCGGCAACCCGUCACACAACUAUGGGACCACAAUCACGCCUAGUCAACGGAAGCAAACCCCAGGCGACUUCGAACGGAAAUGGUGGCCUCACUUUCCAGCUCGCCUAAAGUUUAGCGACUUUCCCGGAGCUAGAAAACUCAAGACUUACCUCAAGCCCUCGGGCGGCAACGCUUGGGAAGCCUUCGUCAACCGAUUUGAUGAUUCGGACAUCCAAUCGCAGUUCUUCUCCAUCUACGAAUUUAAGCGACUCGACAAGUGUUGGAAGGUUUCCUAUGCGUCGCCUGAAGCAAUCUUGGAGCUUCUCGUCGCGGAUCAGAUCCAGUGGCGGCUGUACCUCCUAUGCCCAGCUUCUGAACCAGGGAAUAGUCCUCUUCGAAAAGCUCUCUCGCAGCCGCUCGCUCGUGGCUUUGUUCAGUCAAACAUCCUCAAUCCAGUGUGGCAACUGUACAUCCCUCAAGCCAGCCUAAGUACGCUACAACUGUCUGGUUCCCCGGAGCGAACCAACUCAUGGAGGAGCCGCCUAGGGCUCCCAGAAUACAAAGCUGAGACAGUGCCGCUUCAUCUCCAGGUUAAGGGCGAUUCUGACCAGAGUAACAAACUCACGGGGCGGUACAGCCUACUUCCGCACUGUGGAACGGCAGCCUGCAGCCUAUAUAAGGCCGACAAGGCUAAUGGCAGUGCUCUUUACCUGUUCCUUGAGCAAGACCCGAUUGGUCCCAGCCAUGAGGAUUCGUUUACUUUCAGCUACAAUUGCCGCCGACUGUCGUACGGCGAGGCACGAAGUAUAGAGGCCCGCAUUGAUCCAUCAUGGCGUCCGUGGAAUAUGACUUCUGGGGCCGCUUGCAACGUCAAGGCUACCAUACCUGGAUUCUGGGCAUCUGAUAAAGUUACUCUUGUAGAAGCGGAUUUGCGCAUCAAAGUUCGAAUACCGUCAGAGUCGGCGUUAUCAGCAUCAUCAGAGUCGUGGGGUGGUGACUGCUCCCGUGCAGUCACCAUCCUGGACAUCAAGGCAAAGGAGCUUCUCAACACAGAGAAUCUCUCCCAGUAUGCCUGGGUACUUGGACGAGCGAAAACUCUUCCCUCAUUCACGGAAUGGCAGUAUAUCAAUGUCAACCGCCCCCAAGGAUGCGGGUGCUCGCCUACCUAUCCACGUAUCCUGUGGAGCGUCGACGACGAUGGUGCAGCCACAGCACAUGAGGAUCGUCAAGCUGCGGCGCUUUUCGAACGCACGCUCAAAACCCGCUGCCCUAUCUUCCAUAUCAGCCCUUCUAGCUCUUCGACAACCAAAACGCGCAUCCAAGUCGGCGUCAACAUAUCUUCCCUGAUGCAUCGAGCCAGGAACAGACUGACCACGACGGCGCACACCAGUGCCUGGAGGCUCGUAACAAAUCAUGGGGCCUCCGCUCCGAUACGAUUUCCCCAACUCCAUCUGCAGAGCAAUACAUCCGAUACCCCGUAUGCUGGCCCGCUUAGACUCAAGUACGAGCUUGGCGAGGCCCAGGAGCGGGCCUUGACUUGGAUGAGGGCCCAAGAAUCAGGGAACGAAUUAAAGCUCGUGGAGGUUGAGGAAGCCAUACAUCUUGAGCUUGGGUGGAGGGCCGAAGCGAAGGCGGAAGCCGUUGUCAACGUUCGCGGCGGUGUCCUAGCUGACCUUCCAUCGUUCGGCAAGACGGUCACUACCAUAGCUCUCAUCAACAGUGAGUUCACGCAACAUAUGCCUGAAACCAUUCUCAAGCAGAACCGCACAGAGUCUACGCCUAGCCUGAUUGACUUAGCGGCCACGUUGAUCGUAUGCCCACCCCACAUUGCUCCACAAUGGCGAACUGAGUUGGAGAAUUGCUUAGGCGCCAACCAGUACAACAUCUACAACGUUCUCCUUCUAGAGCGCUUCUCGGACCUGCAGUCCUUGACCAUGGAGGAGUUCCGGAAAGCUAGGGUCAUCAUCGUAUCCUGGAGUGUCUUCGCGGAUGAGGAGUACAUAUCCCAGCUCGCAAGUUUCUCUGCAAUGCCCCUACCCGCUGUCACAAAGGGUCGAGCCUUCAACGCCUGGUUGGAUUACAUGUCACAGCACAUGCCCGACCGCAUGCAGGCAUUCCUAAGCCUGAGCACAUCAGAUUUUGGUACCACUACGCGGAAACUGCUCGGAGAGCGAUUGGCACAUCCAGACUUUAGAGCCACAGUGCCGCUCAAAGUCGAGCGUGGCAGUGCUUAUCAAUCCUUCAACGCCAUAAACGCGCUAAAACGGUCUGAGUCCAAAAAGGCAUCCCAAGUCAAAAGAAAGAGCUCUCCAACUAACAGCCGCGCACCUGGAUCAGUCCCUCUCUUCCAGAUGUUCCACUUCAACCGGAUCGUGGUAGACGAGUAUCACUACCUGCACGAUAGCAAGAACAGCGAGAACUAUACGGCCUGUGCUGCGAUCAAACGCAUUUCCGCUCCCAAACGAUGGAUCAUAUCUGGGACUCCUGCCUUGGCUAAUUUUUCAGAUGUCAACCAAAUUGCAUCUUUUCUCGGGGUCAAGCUCGGCAGGGACGUUUAUGGGGACGGCACCGCGGAGUCGGAGAAGAAGCAUAUGGCUGAACAGACCGAUGUUGAGAAAUUCUUGUCGCGCACAGAGACCAUGUCGCACUAUUGGCACAAAGCGCGCCAUGAACGAGCGCAAGACUUCCUCGAUCGCUUUGUCCGACGAAACGAACCAUCCCUUCAACACAUCCACUGCUCAGAGGUCCUUCGGCCUAUAGAUCUCGGUGUUGCACACCACGUCGUAUACCUCGAGCUCUCGCAGUAUCUGAUCUCGCAGCGGAUGCAGAUCAAGAGGCCUAGGAACAAGCCUGGCUCAGACCGGGUCGAAAGGCUCAAUGCUAGUUUGAGUAAUUCUGCGACGGCCGAAGAAGCCCUUCUAAAGAAUACGCUCUUUCAUCGAACGGUGAGUGGAAAGUCUGGCCUGGAAGCGCUGAUAGAGACACGACAGGAGCAGCGCGAGAGCACCCAAGCGGAUCUCCUGACGAUUGCGAAAGACCUGAAAGAAAAGUGCCUAGAGAGGUUGAACGACACGGCAGAAGACUACUACCUCAGCUUUAAGCGAGACAUGGACUCUGGUAACAUGCUUGGCGACGAGGUUGCCCGCCAGUGCGUUCGGACGUUGCUCGCUCAUGCAGAGGAGGCUUCAACGUCGACUAAGCGAACGAGCAAGAGAGUCACGUCUCAGAAGGAGCUGACGCAGCUCAAAGACCUUGCGUCAGAGCUACGUUCCACGGCUCAGGAUUUGACUCUCAUGGUCAGAGCUGAGAGAUUCGUCGCUUCCAUAAAGCCCCUACUUCCAUUUCUUAUCCAAGGUGGUCAAGAUGCUCAGCAACACACCUGUGACUCUUCUGGAUGCCCCGGGACCGCGGACUUUUCUCAGCUCUUCCUCAUCCCUCACUGCGGGCAUACGGCGUGUCAAGCUUGUGUACAAGCGAGAGCUGACACCGAGGCUUGCGUACACAUGGGUUGCGAGGUGCCCGUGCAGAGCAGUAACUUGAUCAAAGUGUCAAACCUGCAAUCUUCGAAAGAGAAGUUGUCGAAGAGCUUUGGGAAGAAGCUGGAUGCCGUGUGUAGGUUGAUCAAGACCACUCCUCGGGGUGAUCAGUGUCUGGUGUUCGUACCCAAUGACGAGGCGGUGGGCUCUGUGGAAGAGGUCUUCAAUAGUCAAUACAUCUCGUACCAUUCAGUCGGCAAAGGCCGGAGCGCUGCGAAGCUUAUAGAAGACUUCAGGACCAACAAGGAUCCGACGAGCAGGAAGAAGGUGCUUAUUCUUGAUCUCGCAAGCGAGUCUGCAGCCGGCGCCAACCUUGUGAACGCCAAUCACGUUAUCUUCGUGUCUCCGCUGCUCGCAAAAAGCCAAUACCAGUACGACUCCGCCAUGGCACAGGCUAUCGCCAGGUGCCGGCGAUACCGUCAAGAGAAGAAGGUGCACAUCUACCACUUCGCCGCCCUGCAGACCAUCGACGUCGAUAUCUUGGAGCACCAACACAAGCGGUUCGACGCCAUUCACGGCCCGGGAUCACCAAUGCAGACGCCACCGAAGUCCAGUAAGAAAGAGAAGACCCGACUGGUGCGGAAUGUCGAGGGUGCGAUGGCUCUGCUGCCAGUCUCCUGGCUCGCGAAUGAGACAUAUCGCGAGAUGAUGGGUAUCGAAGAGGAGGACCCACCAAGUUUCACGUCACUGAUCAGUUUUUCAGAGAUGUUUGAGGACGGCGACGAGUAGCGCUUCGACUUCUCAUGUCGGCGGCCGAGACCUUCCUUUGUACAUUGUACAUCAAAAUUUGUGGCAAAAUUUCGGUUUGUGAGUUCGGCGAUGCUUUACUAGUCAUGCCCGCAUUAUACCCAAUAUAUUUUAAUUCGCAGCUUUUC